UUUCAGCACUAUCUAUCUGUGUAACCGUCUUUUCUUUAAUCCUUCUAUUUGUGUUUUCUACUCUAGAUUAUACAAGAGAAGAAAAAUAUGAGAAACCACACAGAAAUAACAGAGUUUAUCCUCCUGGGAUUGUCAGAUGACCCACAGCUUCAGGUGGUGAUCUUUGUCUCUCUGCUCAUCACCUACAUGCUCAGCAUCACUGGCAACCUGACCAUUAUCACCCUUACCCUGCUGGAUUCCCACCUCCAGACCCCCAUGUACUUCUUCCUCAGAAACUUCUCCUUAUUAGAGGUUUCAUUCACAACUGUCAGCAUACCCAAGUUCCUGGGCACCAUGAUGACUGGAGAUAAAACCAUUUCCUUUAAUGAUUGUAUGAUUCAGUUAUUUUUUUUCAUUCUCUUGGGAGUCACUGAAUUUUACCUUUUGGCCGCCAUGUCCUAUGACCGUUACAUUGCCAUCUGCAAACCUCUGCAUUACAUGACCAUCAUGAAUCACAGAGUCUGCAUACUCCUUGUCUUUGCUUCAUGGCUGGCUUCAUUCUUAAUCAUAUUCCCAUCACUUAUGCUGUUCAUACAACUUGAUUACUGUAAGUCCAAUGUUAUAGACCAUUUUACCUGUGAUUAUUUUCCCUUACUACACCUUUCUUGUUCAGACACAAAAUUCCUAGAGAUAGUGGGUUUUUCCUGCGCUGUGUUUACUCUAAUGUUCACUUUGGCGUUAAUAGUUCUGUCCUACAUAUAUAUCAUCAGAACAAUUUUGAGGAUUCCUUCUGCUAGUCAGAGGACAAAGGCCUUUUCCACCUGUUCUUCCCACAUGAUCGUCAUCUCCAUCUCCUAUGGCAGCUGCAUUUUCAUGUACAUUAAUCCAUCAGCAAAAGACAGAGUGUCUCUGAGCAAGGGAGUUGCUGUGCUAAACACCUCAGUGGCCCCCAUGCUGAACCCCUUUAUUUACAGCCUAAGGAAUCAACAAGUCAAGCAAGCCUUCAUGGACAGGGCAAAAAAGAUUGUAUCUUUCUCAAAAAAAAUGAAGAAAUAAAAGUGUUAUUAUAAUUAAAGGCACAUGAUGAGCAAUUAAACAAAAGUAGGGCCCUUCCAAAGUUUAUUAAUAUCUACACAGCCUCACUGGAGUUAUUUUUUCUUAAUUAAACUUUUAUUACCAGCAGUUUACUGAGGAGACAUAUAUAUAUACAUGUUUUUUUCUAUUUAAAUUCCAAUCCAUCUUUCAUGCAUUUCCCUUCCUUUGAGCUAGUCUUCCCACUCUGUAACCAUGAGACUGGCCUCAUUUCUUAUAAAUAUUUUUAAAUACCAAUUCUUUCAAAAUCAUACUUAGAAAAUCAAAGAAAUGCAAAGAGAGACCCAAGAUCAAUGAGUUAAAAUUGUUUUAUGAUUUUACCAGGAAACACUCUUUCAAAGAAUUCAGAAAAUAUUGUCAUGUUUAACAUUCUUUUUAAUUUACUAUAUAAGUAUCAUAAAUAUAACUUAGUCUUAUUAGAAUGUUAUAGAGACUAUCCUCUCCAUUUUAUAGCACAGUUAGUAACUAUGCGAAAAAAGUGCAAUUAAAAAAAUAACAAUUAUUUUUUUGAGAACUCUAAAAGUAUUUCUCAAGUACUGAGUUUAACUUUUCUGUGCCAUAAUUAAUUGAAAACACAAUUAUAAAUAUACACUUACUUAGGAAAAACUUGAAGCAGCCCCUAUUUUUGGAACUCCAUAAUUACCAUAUACACCAUAUCAGCUCUUUUAAAAGCCUAAAGAAAUAAAUAUUCCUAGA